CUCCAACUUGAUCUCGUUGAGAAAGCCGGGCUGUCCUGAGUGGGAGUGGCACGGAGCUGCUCUGUAUCCUAAAAAGCUGGGUUGCGGCACGUCGGUUCUGUGAGCUAAGAUGCUCAGAUCCUGGUAAAAUGUGGAUAUUCUUGUUUUCUACAUAGAAUAAAAAAUGACCACACCAAACAAGACACCUCCUGGUGCUGACCCUAAACAGUUGGAAAGGACUGGAACAGUACGGGAAAUUGGGUCACAAGCUGUUUGGUCACUCUCAUCUUGCAAACCAGGAUUUGGAGUGGAUCAGUUACGAGAUGACAAUCUUGAAACUUAUUGGCAAUCAGAUGGCUCCCAGCCUCAUUUAGUAAACAUCCAAUUCAGAAGAAAAACAACAGUGAAGACAUUAUGUAUUUAUGCAGACUACAAAUCUGAUGAAAGCUAUACUCCAAGCAAGAUCUCAGUCAGAGUAGGAAAUAAUUUUCACAAUCUUCAAGAAAUUCGGCAACUUGAAUUGGUGGAACCAAGUGGCUGGAUUCACGUUCCCUUAACUGAUAAUCAUAAGAAGCCAACUCGCACAUUUAUGAUACAGAUUGCCGUUCUAGCCAAUCACCAAAAUGGAAGAGACACCCACAUGAGACAAAUUAAAAUAUACACACCAGUGGAAGAGAGCUCCAUUGGUAAAUUUCCUAGAUGUACAACUAUCGAUUUCAUGAUGUAUCGUUCAAUAAGGUGACCUUAACACAGAACAAAAAUCAUUAAACAUAUCUUUGUUUUAUCUUGUCAGUAAAUAUUAUAUCUGGAAUCUUUUGAAAAAAGCAUCAGUUAUUUUGCAAUUUUGUAUGCAUUGAAGAGUAUUUUAUUGUAACUUUAAUAAAUAGAUUUUGGGUCAUAUAAUUUUUAUUUUCUUGAACAUAUAAUGAAGCUCACAUAUUUUACAUUAUUGAAAAAGGAUAUGAAGCCAAUCAUUAACUUUUUCAUUAUAUCAAAAGAAAAACAAUUGAACUGAAAAUUUUAAGAGAUAACAUAAUUUUUUACUAACUGAUUAUUUGGUUUAUUGCAUGUUUGGGAACAAUACUAUGUUUCAUAAAUAGAUACUGUCUUUAAUAGGCCAAAAUUCUUCUCUUUUUUUUUCUUUCUAGAGGAAGCUUAUUCUUUUAAUACUGGGCCUUUAAAAAAACAGUGUCAAAAUAGUCUUGGCAUUAGGUGUCUUAUGAGAACCAUUCUGAUUUGGAGAAUAUACUUAAUUGUGUUGUAAUUACUUCCAUGAAAUACUUCUAAUGCCAGGGUUCUCUAUAUCCUAAUAUUGGGUCAGAGAUUACCAGUAUCAUCUGCUAUUUAUCCCAGUUCUAGUGCUGCUUAUAGAAGAGUUCAAUUCAAAUUUGUGUCUGACACUGAAGCACUCCUUGAGGGAUAAUGUGUCUCAUAAAAAAUUUUUAAAAUGUAUGAGAUUGUUCUUUGUAUAUAAAAAUAUUUUAAAGGA